AUGAAGGCCACGCUUAUCGAAAUCACUACUCGAGAGAAUCUUCGCAGAGCUCAGGCUCAAUGCUCGCGCUAUGUGAACACCAUCUAUUUCCCAUUCUCGAUUCAUACUCAACUGGAGGAAAGCUUCCCGGAAAGCCCAGUUCGCGUAUUUGUCUACCCGAAUCUCUCCCAUCCAAAAAUGUUCUUCAUGUUCAAGAACAACGAGUACAUCAAGCCAACUCUUGCUCUCGCUCAAGUCAACGGAACCAGCAUGAACCGUCUUGAGCUCAUCGACCUCAUCAAUGAAUUCCGAACACGUGUAUUCGGCGCCAAGCGUCAACCUCAUCUUGUGAUUGCCGAGGAACACCUCAUUAAAAUGUAUGGAGUCGCCAUGCGCCUCUCUUCCACCGACUGGACCAACACCGAUCUCAGACUUUCUCUGUUCUACAUGACCGAGAACCAAAAAGCUCUUGCCAUGACCACCCCAUUGCCAAAUGUGCCAAACGGAUACUACUACGACGAGAUUGAGCCCACUGAGGAGGCUGAAAUCGUUAACGGCACUUGGAAACACGCGGGCGCCGGAGAUCUCGAACAAACAAUGGCCAAAUUGCUUCGAUUACCUUCGUCGUGCGUCCGCUUCAACGGUAAGCCGGUUGCAUUCGAGAUGAUCGACCCCGCCGGGUUCUUCAACAACCAGUACGUUUUCGAGGAUCAUCGCAGAAAGGGACUCGGAAAUGCUGUCGAGAUGGACUUGAUCCAUAAAACUGUUAGCCUCGGGUUUUCACCAUUCAAAACGGUUGCCAAAGACAACAAGAUUGUUUUGGACGCUUCCAUCGCCAACAAAUUGUGGACCAUGUGGGCCGAUGAGGACGGAAACGCCAAAACCGUUGUUUUCCAAACUUGGCAUUGCUAG